UGGAAAGAAGACCCUCUGAGCCUUACUGCUUCAUUCACGCGAAUUCUGCUGUUCAGGCCCCAGCUUACUCAGGCCACAUCAACCCAGGAUCAGCAUGGCUGUCCGCCUGUGUGUGGUUACCCUGGCCUUGGCUGCCCUCCUCAUUGUGGAGAGAGACGUGUCAGCGUCAGCAGGAAAGUUUGUUUUCUCCAGAAUGCCCAUCUGUGAGCAUAUGACAGAAUCUCCAAAUUGUCCCCGGACAUAUAACCCGGUCUGUGGCACUGACGGGGUCACAUAUGAUAGUGAAUGCCACCUCUGUUUGGCCCGCAUAAAAACCAAACAGGACACCCAGAUCGUAAAGGAUGGCAAGUGCUGAGCCUACAAGAGCCCUUUAAGCCAGAAGCUUCAGGAUGGAGAACAGUGGAAGAAGCAGAGAAGAUGUGAUAUGAAAUAAAAGAGCCAGCCCAAUGCAGCCAAGUGGGCUGGUGGGGAGAUGGAGCAGGAAAAACUGUGGUGAAACAUGCCAAGGCCUGAAAGGAAAGGAGGGGCUGAAGGGGAAGACAGGAAAAGGACACAGAAGGCAGGAACCAACACACCCUGGACCAUCAAAAUGGGAAUAUGGGCAGGAACUGUUACUCAGAUUACAGGCCAUAGGAACUCCGAUAUAUGUACAAGCCCUUCUACUGUUUCUGGUAAUAGCAACUUCGGUUUCCCAUUUGGAAACAUCCUACAUAGCAAUGUAUAAAAUUAUGUUUGGCUGUGAGGAAAUAGAAAGUCAAAAUAACAGAGGCUUAGAUUGAUGUUAACUUUUCUCACACCCAGAUCAUCACAUAUGCUAACUUCAUGCUAUUUUUUUUACUCUGCCAUCCUCAUCAGUUUCCACCUGUACAUCUAAGAUAGCUGUUCUAUCAUCUCUCUAUUCCAACCUCAGAUUGGAGAGGAGAAAGAAGGGUACACUACCACUUUUAAAGAUGCUUUUCAUGACAUACACGGUUUACAUCCCAUUUGCUGAAAUGUAAUCUCUUGGUCAUGCUAGCACCAGGAGGUUGGGAAAGUUAUCUGGUUGGUUGUGUGCUAAGCUGCAAGUUAGGAGUUCACUUACUAUAGGAGGAGAGAGUGGAUAUAAGUGACAUUAAAGCUUCUUUCUUAAGUGGGAAAUCCCUCUUACCCUCAAGUGGUACAGCUCAGCCAAACAUUUCCUCCUUGACUCUCUCCUCCCAGACUUCACUCACACAAUGAAAAUCAAAUAUGCCAGCCACCACACAGGAAGAAAUACCUAAUUUCCCAAUUUACAGAUGCUGGGAACCAUCCUGAAAUUUAAGUGUGGGCCCCUAAAGGCACUCUAUCAUGACAUGUGACCUUGCUGCCCUGGUCAUAGCUAAUUGGUUAAAAAAGAAAAUCUCCCAAGUUUUCCAAUUAGUAAGGAAACAGGCAGUUUCUCCCUGGUAGUGAAGCUGUUAAGAUGUGUGAAGUGGGGCUGCUGGCAGCCAUGUUUUCUACUUGUGGAAGAAGCAAGACUGAGAGAACACCAUCAGCAUGCAAAGAAAGAGAUGAAGUGCUAGUCAGUUCCUCAGACCCAGCUGCCCUCGAACUUCUCAAAGAUACAGGAAAACUUGACAUGCAGCCAAUACAUUUUCCAUUUCAACAGUCUCUUUAGGACUAGGUUUAUAUUUUCAACUAAAAGAGGCCUAACUACAGUAUGACAAAGGCUUCUCAGAGGAGAUAACCUUUAAGCUGUGCCUUGAGGAAUUGUAGAAAUCACUGACACCUGCCCACCUGACUAGUCUCUUUUUCUUA